UAUAUAUAUAUAUAUUUGAUCCUCCUUCGUUCCAGCCUCGCGUCUCGCGUCCGAUAUUAUUAUCGGACGUUGUAUUUUUAGACGCGACCGACGAGAAUCUUAUCCGUUGACGAAUAUAGAAGCCGAAUUACGAUUUGACGAGACCGGAGCGAGGAUAUAUCACGAUAUGUGACGUGCGCGUGACAGUUGCCAGAGACCCGAGCUCGUCGCUCCGCUCGAGGACGUCCGCUGGAUUGGAAAUUGUCCAAGGAGUCGCAGUCGACAUAUCAACGAAACCGGACCGUCCAUUUUCCAUGCUGGCCCUUCGCAGACCCUUGACAAUCGAUAAGGAAGCAUGCAUGGAUUCGUGAGUCUCGCGUCGAAGAAGUCGACGCGUCACCAGCUAUACGUCACCUGGACUAGAGGCGACCUGGACGAAAGGUUAGGAGAUCAUCAGCCAUGAAGAGUCCCGUAACGUCCCCGCGUUUGAAUGGCACCACCGCACCGAUUCCUGUCCCGUCCUCGGAGAGCCUCCUCCAGGUAUCGGGGAGCGCAGCGAAGUCACGCUACAACAAUGCGGUCAACAAUUUCCAAGUGGUGAAGGUCGCCGGACGCGAGUCCAGCUGCUACAUAGCCAGUAACAUCGCGCCCAAGAUCGGUAAGCAGCAAUUGGUAUCGUUGAACGGGGACUCGGUGCGCUGCGACAGCGUGAACGUCGACGAGGCACUGGCCUGUGACGUCGCGCCUAUUCCGGCGACGAAGACCAAGGCUCUGUGCGUGCACAUCAGGGAGAACAAGUGGUACGACGCGGGUAAUGUGGUCUCCGUAGGGGUAGCUGGAACCAGUCUGAAUCAUGCUCUGGAGAACAUGUCCCUGGCUUACAAUCCUUCGACGAAGCAGCUGUAUUCCGUGGAGGAAACUAAAGCUCUCAACAAUGCACAAAUUGACUGUACCUCUCAGUACUUGGAGUCUCCGUGUAAUGGUAAGGAACGAUCUAGCAAACCUGAAAUGGACAAAUAUACUAAACUCGAGAAUGUCAGUGCUAACAGCAGUCCAAGGAAUAGCCUGCCACGGUCGUGUAGUAGCACAGUGUCUUCCCUUAGCGAGAUAUCACCGUCAGGAAGCUUCCUGGGAUCUGAUGAGCAACACGUUGUGGAAAAAACCGACAAGGCACCUAAACGUUGGGGAAUAAACUCACUUUUUACGAAGAAUAUGUUUUCAUGGAAAAAUCGAGAUUCUCAACAGUCGACACCUACUAGUAGCCCGUCGAGAAAUAUCGACAAGGUAGGCGGUAGUACAGCUUUAAUUCAACAACCGAGACCAGCAAAUUUACCAGCUAAAAAUGUCCUGGAAGAAGAACGUCAUCGUAAGCAAUACACUGCUAUUUUAGAAGCUGCGAGGAAGAGGGAAUUACGCGAAGAGAAGGAACGUAAACAACAACGAGAAUAUCAACUGAAAGAAGAGGAGAGAUUAACCGAAGAUUCUAAUACGUGGAAUGUGCAUGUCUUACCUAAAUUCGAAAGUGUUAAAAAUAUGAAAAAAGUGAGGGAGCUAUGGUGGCGCGGUUUACCGCCGAGUGUACGUGGUAGGGUAUGGAAAUUAGCAAUUUCAAAUAAUUUAAAUAUAACGCCGCAUCUUUAUAAUCUUUGUUUAGACAGAGCGAUGUCGAGCCCAAACAAUGAAUCGUUAGCUGCAAUCAGAUUAGAUGUAUCUCGUACCUUUCCUACCUUAUGUGUCUUUCAAGAGGGUGGACCAUUAUCUAAUAGUCUUCAGGGUAUUUUGGCAGCGUAUGCCGUUUACAGACCGGAUGUAGGCUACGUGCAAGGAAUGAGUUUUAUUGGCGCUGUGCUAUCGUUAAACAUGGAGCCAGCAGACGCCUUUGCUUGUUUCGCGAAUUUGCUAAAUUAUCCUUGUCACAGAGCCGCCUUUACAUUGGACCAAAAAAGAAUGGACACUUAUUAUAAGGUAUAUUCCAGUGCUCUUGCGCAUAAGCUGCCAAAAAUCUUUUCCCAUUUCACUGUAGCUGGAUUAAGUCCAGAUUUAUAUCUAUUAGAUUGGUUAUAUACUAUAUAUGCCAAAGCAAUGCCUCUUGAUGUUGCAUGUAGAGUCUGGGAUGUCUUUCUUAGAGAUGGAGAUGAGUUCCUCUUCAGAACAGCGCUGGGAGUAUUGCACUUGUAUCAGGAAGAAUUGUUGAAAAUGGACUUCGUACAUGGUGCACAGUUUCUAACUAGAUUGCCAGAGAAUCUACAAGCGGAAUCUUUAUUUAAUAGUAUUAGUCAAAUGUCUACUACUGUUGGAACGACAACAUUUCAACAAAUGUUGGUUCAAUUUUCUGCGUAAGUAUCAAGGUAGAACAAAAUUUAAUUAUAAUCUUUCUUAUUGCGAUAAGAAAAUUUGAGUCUUUUGUGCAAAAACUUUUUAUAUAAUUGUUAUUUUUUAUUGAAAAUAAUUAAAG